GAUCAUGAGGCUAAUCCAAAUGAGCUAGGCACACUGCUCAUGAGUAGAAUCUGGGGCCUCUGGGCGAGAGGCUUUCCUGUUUUGCAGUAUAAGAUGAAAAGCAAGAAAGAGAGGAGAGGUCCAACUGGCACAGUGCCACCCACCCUCACAGUUUUGGUGGAUCGGAUGUGGGCAUUGUUGCUCGCGCUUCUUAAAGUUACAGUAAAACACACAUGCACAGAAAAAGUAGACAACACACAAUCUUAUGAAAUACGCCUUUCAGGCGUUUGUUCUAAUGCCUCAACUACUCUUUUUCCUAUAUCUUCCACCGUCUUUCUCCCAUUUGUUUACUCGUUUCUUUCCUUUCAUUUAUCCCUCUUUCCUUCUCUCUCUAUUGCUACUGUGUCUGUAGUUGUGGCAUCACUUUCUGGCCCCUAAACUUGCUUCUCACUUCUGUGAUAUGAUAAACCUCUCCGGCUAACUGUUUUCCAACCCAAACAACACAUUUCCUACUUUUGUUUUGGCUCAUUAUCUCAGCUGGCAAGGAGUUUGGGGUUCAUCUCAUCUCAUCUAUGGAAGCUGCUAAUUCUGGGGAGGAUUGUCCAGUGAAAGUGGCAGUUCAUGUUAGGCCACUCAUCGGAGAUGAGAAGCUCCAGGGUUGUCAAGAUUGUGUUACUGUGGUCCCUAGGAAGCCUCAGGUCUUAAUUGGAUCACAUUCCUUUACUUUCGACCAUGUUUAUGGAAGCACUGGUUCUUCUCCAUCCUCUAUGUAUGAAGAGUGUGUUGCCCCUCUUGUUGAUGCCUUGUUUGAAGGAUAUAAUGCCACCGUUCUCGCCUAUGGUCAGACAGGUUCAGGAAAGACUUACACCAUGGGUACUGGUUUCAAAGACGGAUGCCAAACAGGAAUUAUUCCCCAAGUUAUGAAAGCUUUGUUCAACAAAAUUGGAUCCUUGAAGCACCAGACUGAAUUCCACCUGCAUGUGUCCUUCAUUGAGAUACAUAAAGAAGAAGUGCGAGAUUUGCUGGAUCCCAGUUCUCUUAACAGAUCAGAAACAGCAAAUGGGCAUGUUGGGAAACCGUCAAUACAAAUCCGUGAAACAUCAAAUGGUGUUAUUACAUUGGCAGGGUCCAGUGAACGUAGUGUCAGAGAUCUGAAAGAAAUGGCUGAUUGCCUUGAGCAAGGGUCACUGAGCAGAGCAACAGCCAGUACUAAUAUGAACAAUCAGUCGAGUCGCUCACAUGCCAUCUUCACCAUAACAAUGGAGCAGAUACGCAAGGUGAAUCCAAUGGUUUCCAGUGAUGGAAAUAAUAAUAGCAUGACUGAAGAACAUCUUUGUGCCAAGUUUCAUUUGGUGGAUCUUGCUGGAUCAGAACGAGCAAAAAGAACUGGAUCAGAUGGUCUUCGUUUUAAAGAAGGAGUUCACAUUAACAAGGGGCUUCUUUCACUAGGAAAUGUUAUUAGUGCCCUUGGGGAUGAGAAAAAGCGGAAAGAGGGUGUCCAUGUUCCAUAUCGAGAUAGUAAACUCACUCGGUUAUUGCAGGAUUCACUGGGCGGUAACAGUAGAACUGUCAUGAUAGCGUGCAUUAGCCCUGCUGAUAUAAAUGCUGAAGAAACUCUUAACACUCUAAAGUAUGCAAAUCGAGCUCGGAAUAUCCAGAACAAGCCAGUUAUUAACAUAGACCCAGUAUCCAAUGAGAUGCUGAAAAUGCGCCAACAACUAGAGUUCUUGCAGGCAGAACUCUGUGCCCGAGGGGGAGGUGCUUCAUGUGAUGAAAUACGGGCACUCAAGAAUAGAAUUGCUCUUCUUGAAAGUACUAAUGAAGAGCUAAGUCGGGAACUACAUGAGUACCGUAGCAAAUGUGCUGGCACUGAACCAUGUGGAGUAGAUGCUAAAGUAAGUGGUGCUUUUUCUGCAAAAAGUGAAGGGCUAAAAAGGGGGUUACAAAGUAUAGAGUCAUCUGAUUAUCCAAUGAGUGAAAAUGGUGAUUCUGGAGAAAUGGAUGAUGAAGCAGCAAAAGAAUGGGAAUAUGCUCUUCUGCAAGAUUCUAUGGGCAAAGAACUAAAUGAGUUAAACAGACGUUUGGAAGAAAAAGAGUCUGAGAUGAAGCUUUAUGGAGGCGUUGACACAAUGGCUCUUAAGCAACAUUUUGGAAAGAAAAUUUUGGAACUUGAAGAGGAGAAAAGAGCUGUGCAGCGAGAAAGAGAUCGCUUGUUAGCUGAGGUUGAAAACCUUGCUGCAAAUUCUGAUGCCCAGAAAUUGCGAGAUAUGCAUGCCCAGAAACUCAAAUCCCUUGAAGCACAGAUACAAGAUCUUAAGAAGAAACAGGAGAGCCAGGUUCAUCUCGUAAAGCAAAAACAAAAGAGUGAUGAAGCUGCAAAAAAAUUACAGGAUGAAAUACAAUCAAUCAAAGCACAGAAGGUCCAAUUGCAACAAAAGAUUAAACAAGAGGCUGAACAAUUUCGGCAAUGGAAGGCGUCUCGGGAGAAGGAACUAUUGCAGUUAAAGAAGGAGGGGCGAAAAAAUGAGCAUGAGAGACAUAAACUCCAAGCAUUGAAUCAGCGGCAAAAGAUGGUUCUCCAGAGAAAGACAGAAGAGGCUGCAAUGGCAACCAAGAGGCUGAAAGAGUUGCUAGAAGCACGAAAAUCUUCAUCACGAGAAAAUUCAGUGAAUAGCAAUGGAAAUGGAGCAUAUGGACUGAACAAUGGGAAGUCCUUACAACGUUGGCUUGAUAAUGAGCUUGAAGUAAUGGUCAAUGUUCAUGAAGUUCGUUACGAGUAUGAGAAGCAAAGUCAAGUUAGAGCUGCAUUGGCAGAAGAGCUAGCUGUUCUGAGACAAGUCGACGAAUUUAGGUCAAAUGGUAUUAGCCCUCCAAGAGGAAAAAAUGGUCUUUUUAGGGCAUCUUCAAUGUCACCCAAUGCUAGAAUGGCUAGAAUUGCUUCUCUUGAGCAGAUGCUAAGCAUUUCAUCAAACUCACUAGUUUCAAUGGCUUCACAGCUUUCAGAAGCAGAAGAACGGGAGCAAGCCUUCAGCAACCGUGGACGUUGGAACCAGCUGCGCUCCAUGGGAGAUGCAAAAAAUUUGCUUCAACAUAUGUUCAAUUCUCUUGCAGACACAAGGUGCCAAAUGUGGGAGAAGGAACUUGAAAUCAAGGAAAUGAAAGAGCAAAUGAAACAAUUAAUAGGUGUAUUGCAACAAAGUGAAAUCAAAAGAAAGGAAAUUGAGAAGGAGCUGAAAUAUUUGGGAAACUCCAACAAGCACUCGGAUGAUGGCUUGAGCGUUCCCUUAUCUCCAGUAUCAGUGCCAGCACAAAAACAACUAAAAUAUACAGCUGGGAUUGUAAAUGCUUCAGUCAAAGAGUCUGCAGCGUUUGUAGACCAAGCACGGAAGAUGGUGCCGAUGGGACAGUUGUCGAUGAAAAAAUUAACAAUGGUAGGGCAGGGUGGGAGGUUGUGGAGGUGGAAGAGAAGUCAUCAUCAGUGGCUAUUGCAGUUCAAAUGGAAAUGGCAGAAACCGUGGAGACUCUCUGAAUUGAUUAGACACAGUGACGAAACCAUCAUGAGGGGAAAGCCUCAUGCGCGGACUCUACCUGAUAUUGUGUGUAGAAAAAGGCAAUAGCCUCGUUAAGAAUGUAUAUUCUUUUCUUACCUCCGUUCAACCCCCAAAUGCACAAUAAGGUGCCUGCAAAUACGGUCGCACUACUGGUACUUGUGGAUUCAGGUGUAAUGGAAUAACUUUUUGACGGGGUGAACGAGUUCAGCAAACUUAAAACAAUAAUCAGCAGAGGAUAUUGUGAAUGUGUUGAUUGAUGCUACAUAGGCCCAACCAAAUAAUCAGAAGAGAGAGCUGCAUUUGAGGUUUGGAUGGUACAUAUUCAGAUUUGUAAUUUGUGUAUAGAUUUGGUCAAUAACAAGUGUCUUGAAAGACCAGUUGUUCAUUAGGUCACAGCAACAUGCCAGAAAGGUCUUUGAUGAAUGUUUUUUUUGGCUUCAAUCUCAUGUUUUUUUUUUCUCAGCAAAAUUGUGUACAUCAGUUAUGAGUACAUGUUUGGUGAGUUGGGACUUGUGGUGUAAAUGCAAUCCAACUAACUUUUAAAUGGAUUGUAACUUUCAUAAAUGAGUAUGAAAUAUUCAAUGUUCUUAGGUA